GUACCGAUACACCUGUGAGUAAGAUCGUUCUAUCCUGGGAGGAUAGAUUUCAUUAACCUCGGAUACUUGACGGGAAUAAUUUUCUUAAAAGGACAUUGUGCAUUCAGUGGGCUCGAUCUUCUUUUUUGAGAAAAAUAUUUGUUUGAUUUUACCUCCAACAAUCGCAAAUUGACAUGGAGAACAUCGAGUCAACUACUUCUCGAUGCUAUUUUUCACCGAAUGAUGAGGAAUUUGUGGGGUUUGAGAAGGAUGUAGAACAGAUCAUUCAGAAAUUGACUAGAGGAACAAAAGAACGCGAAGCUAUAUCGAUUGUUGGAAUGGCAGGACUAGGCAAAACAACUUUGGCUAGAAAGGUGUACAACGAUCAUUCUGUUGCUGAUCACUUUGAUGCUCGCGCAUUUUGUAUUGUUUCACAAACAUAUAGCAUCAGAAAGCUAUUGUUUGAGAUUCUUAAACAAGUCACCGGUGAAAAACGUGACAUGAUCAAAGAGGAUGAGGACGUUGCAGAUACGUUGAGGAAGGCACUUUAUUGUAAGAGAUACCUCAUUGUUUUAGAUGAUAUGUGGAACUAUGAGGCAUGGGAAGAUUUGCAAUCAUGGUUCCCUUGUGUGGAAAGAGGUAGUAGAAUUAUGGUAACAACUCGCGUUCAAGAGGUUGCUAUUAAGAUGAGUGAUCCUUAUUUUCUUCGAUUCCUAACAGAGAAUGAAAGUUGGGAAUUAUUGCAAAAGAAGGUAUUUAAACGCGAGGGGGUUCCCUUAGAGCUAGAAAAAGCAGGAUUUGAAGUUGCUCGAAACUGUAAGGGACUGCCUCUUGUGAUUGUGUUGAAUGCUGGUAUUAUCACACAAAAGGAAAGGCGAGUCUCCGUGUGGGAAGAGUUUGCAAAGGAUUUAAGUUCUCUUGGUUUAGAAGAGCAGAGUAGGAAGGCAGUUCAAUCAAGUUAUGACUAUUUACGCGAUCAUCUAAAGCAUUGCCUUCUAUACAUUGGAUACUUUCCCGAAGACUACAACAUUCCAGUCUCCGAUUUGCUAAAGUUAUGGAUAGCUGAAGAGUUAGUACCCAACAUCAACGACACGGAGAACCUAGAAAAAUCAUCUAAAGAUUGCUUGAGUGAUCUAGUCAAUAGAAGCCUUUUAAUGGUUUCUAAAAGGCGAUCAAAUGGUGAUAUAAAAUACUGCAUGGUUCAUGAUCUGAUUCGCGAGUUUUGCUCAAGUAAACUUGAAGAAGAAGAUUUUAAACAACGCAUUGUGUCAUACAACUCAUCUCAAGUACCUUCGUCUCCCAAGGAUCCAGCUCGGUUAUGCAUGUAUAUCCAUGACAACCUUGUUAAUCAAUUGGAGUUGCACGGAUAUUCAUUGGAUGUGAUUUCAAUGGUGGACUCCGAAGAAAAGGAGUCUCUUGAAUUCAUUGCUCAUCCGCGAUUCUACUCAACAAAAUGUAUGGAUCUUUUCUCUCUACUUGAUAACUUGAGGCUUAUUAGGGUGUUGCAUUUGUUGGAUAUCAAUAUGGAAAGUACUUGGGAAUUUCAAAUUUCUCCGGCUUCCACACUUGAAAAACUCACUCACUUGAAAUACCUCGCGAUUUUUGUCAAAAAAUUUGACUUCAAGUGGGUGUCACACAUGAUCGGUCUACAAACUUUACGUGUUCAUUCACAUCAACGUAUAAAGACAUCACCGGACAUUUGGAAAAUGAAGAAGCUAAGACAUGUUGAUAUUACUGAAUUUUCCUUUAUAUGGGAAGACGAUGAGCAAGAACAACAUGUGUUAGACAACUUAAAGACUUUUGGCAAAUGUCGGGUAUCUCUUGCUGAUAUGAAUCGUAAGUUCUGGUGGAGGUUUCCGAAUCUUGAAGAACUCAGCCUCUCCGUUGUUAAUUUUCAUGGCAUGACUAAUCAUUCUCUGUUUCCUACACCGGAAAUUCAUAACCGCCUUCAAUCUCUUGAAAUAAGUUUCCCCAUUGGAUUCUCAACGUCAAUUGGAUGGUUCAAAUCAGUUUUCCCUAUGAAUGUGAGGUUUUUAUCACUUGCUGGGAUCUCAUUGACAGAAGAAGUUGUUACAAGUAUUGCAGCAUUGCAAAAACUUGAGACUCUCAAGUUAUUUUUUAUACAUUUCCCCAACAACAGUCCGCGAUGGGAUGUAACUGAUCGAGAGUUCAAAGUCCUGAAAUAUUUGAAACUAGAGCUAGUCGAUAUGAAUCAAUGGGAGUCCUCGGAUACAUCAUUUCCCUUGCUUGAGAAACUCGUCAUAAAAGAUUGUGUACAACUUGAGGAGAUUCCUUCUAGCUUCGCGGAUAUUCCAACACUACGAUUGAUUAAAGUGAUCAAUUGUAGUGAGUCAGUUUGCGUUUCAGCUCAGAGCAUUAAAGAAGAGGUAGAAAAUACUGAAGGAAAUGAGAGACUCCAACUUCAUAUCCCCAAGAACUUCUAAAGAUGUGUCAAGGCCUUUCUCGUUGGGCCCAGGUUUUGAUUGUUUAUUCCAUUUUGUCAGUCCCGCCAAUGGCUGAGAUGUUCAGUCGACUCCCUCCCCCUUUGUGGGGGUCCCGACCCCUACGAGUGAGCAUAAAAGGGAGGAGGAAAGAGGUCUUGGUGAACGGCCGUAAUAUAAAUCAUUUUCUUGAGCUUGCAUACCAAGGUAGGAUUCCUAAGAGAAGAGAAGCCUGGAAUUAGAGGAGGCUGAAUAGAAACUUAUUCUUGCUUCAUUCUUCAUUGUACGUGUUUUUGUUUCUUCAUUUUUUGGCCCCUUACACCUUGUUUGGAUGGUUGUUUAGUACUGUUUCAUAAUGUGUCAUAUUAUAUUGUAUUGUAU